UUAAUGCCAGAACAAGGCUGGAGAUCCAAGCAGAUGCUGCAUGUGUGGAUCUUAGAUCUCGGUGUCCAUAUUUCUAUGAAUUUGGCUGCAAGAUACUGCCUCUAAAUUAAACAGUUUUCUCGGAGAGAAUGAAAAAACUUGAGCUUGGGUUCCAAUGGGCUUCGUCCAAGCCCAAGUUACUAUUACACCGUAGCUCCAUAACCACGUUACGUCGUUACCAAUUGACGGCCCACGGGAAUUGCGGAAAAAGGAAAAGCGCAGAAAAUUGGGUGCGUCGUUCUUCACGGCGCAACACGAAUUCAAGCGCCAACAGCACCCGACUAAACUCUGAACUCCGAAGCAAACAAACCUGCCCCAAAGAUUACCAAACAGGCGUCAGCCUGCUUUUUUUACUGGCAGCAAUGGCUGCAACCAAGACCCGAGGAAGUAGCUUUUCUCGUGCCGUGUCAGCUGCAACACCAUCACUAGCCCCCGGACUCAAGUGUGGACCCAAUGGCACGGUUUUUCUAUCUUCUGGGAUACCUGACCUUGAUAAGAUAUUGGGUGGUGGGUUCACUUUAGGGAGCCUAGUUAUGGUGAUGGAAGAUUCUGAAGCACCUCAUCACAUGCUUUUAUUGAGGAAUUUCAUGUCUCAGGGACUUAUUCAUAAUCAACCUCUUCUCUAUGCUAGUCCAUCCAAAGAUCCAAAGGGAUUUCUGGGCACUCUGCCUAGUCCAGCUUCAUCCAAAGAUGAUAAACCCCGUGACCGUGAUACAGAUCAGGAGAAAGGGUUGAGAAUUGCUUGGCAGUACAAGAAGUAUUUUGGCGAAAAUAAUCCCAAUUUUACUGGUCAUAGAGAUGAUAAGCAUGAGUACUGCAAUGACUUUGACUUGCGGAAGCCCCUAGAGAGGCAAUUUCUCAUCAGGCAACAUGUAGAUUGUGUUAGCCUCCAGGAUUCUAUGAAUCUUUCUGUGUUGCUGGACCAUUGUGGGACGUUCUUAUCUCAGUUUCCACGAAAUGAUAACAAUAGCAGCAUUACAACGGCUGGCCGUAUUGCUAUCCAAUCAUUCUGCGCUCCAGAUUGCGGAUAUUCAAACAUGGAAUGGCAUAUGCUUUCAUUUAUUAGAUCACUCAAAAGUGUGAUGCGUUCUUCAAAUGCAGUCGCUGUUUUAACUUUUCCACCUUCCCUGCUUUCACCAUCCUUCUGUAAAAGAUGGCAGCACAUGGCUGAUACCUUGCUUUCUGUCAAGGCAAUCCCAGAUGAAGAUAGGGAGUUGGCGCAACUUCUCACUGGUUACCAGGACAUGGUUGGGCUUCUCAAUGUGCACAAAAUAGCACGCAUCAAUACACAGGUCAACUUAGAAUACCCAUUCCCCUGGUCUUUCUUUUGUGGUUGUUCCACAGGUAAUGCAGCAUUUAUGCUAUUUUGCUCAUUGUCUUCCAUUAGUUUCAUACUAUCGUGUUGGUCCAAAUUGUCAGCAGGCUCCUAUGAUCCUUGAGGCAACCACUUUCUCAAUCAAGUUGCAAAAGCGCAGAUAUUUGGUUUUAGAAUGUCUAAAUCAAGCCCCUAUCGACGGUUCUAGUGGGGCUUCAUAUGGCACAUCCGGUAGUUGCUCUGCAUCCUCCAAGACUGGGAGACUUGAUUUCUGAAUUCAUCACUCUCAUAAUAGUCAUGUCAUAGUAUCGAACGCGUGGAUGCGUGUGUUCCCCAAGUAUUUAGAAGCCAAUUAUAAUUAGUAUUACAUGUGAUUGAUUGUGUAAGAUAAGAUUUUGUGUAAUUAUUUUUAUAUUUUUUGUGAGCACAAUGGACCGACAAAUUGAUUUUGUUUCAUGUUAAAGCAACAAAUAGUUAAGGACCGC